AUGCGCUCCCACCUUUCGCCCGCCCAAUCUUCAUCAGCAGGCGUGGACAGACGGACGAGGAACCGGUUAUGCUGGGCCAACUUCUUGUUCGGGACGCUCAACAACAUAAUCUACGUUGUGAUCCUGAGUGCGGCGUUGGACUUGGUGGACAAAGCGAGUACACCCAAGGGCAUCAUCCUACUCGUCAACAUCACUCCUGCGCUGCUGGUCAAGAUCGGAUGGCCGUACUUUGUGCCUGGUCCGCCGCGGUACGGAAAACGGGUCGCUUGGUGUAGCGGGAUCAGUUUCGCUGGAAUCCUCAUCGUCGCGACCUCCUCGACCCUCCUCCCCCGCCUCUUCGGCAUCGCCCUCGCCUCCUUCUCCUCCGGUUUAGGCGAGAUGACCUACCUCCAGAAAGCGACUCUGUACGGUUCGCUCUCCCCACCUGGAGGAGAAGACUACGGAGGCACCGCGGUGGGGUGGUUCUCGAGCGGGACGGGCGCGGCGGGGAUUGGAGGAGCCGGGUUGUGGUGGGUUGUCAGAGGGUUGGGAGUGCGGACGGGGCUGUUGAUCUGUUCGGUCCUCCCGCUCGCCAUGUCGGCAACCUACUUCCUCCUCCUCCCGCCUCUGACAGCCUUCCGCUCGUCCUCGCCCUUCUCUAUCACUCCCUCUUCCCAGUCCUACUCUCCUCUCGCCCCCGACGCCUCUCCGGACUCCGACUCCGCCGACGAAGAAGAAGAGCUAGACGAGCAACACCUCGAAGAGAGGGUCGAGAAGCGCUUACCUGCGCUCACGACGGCGGAGAAGAUUGAGCUGGCGAGACCGUUGGUGAGGAGGUAUAUGGUGCCGCUGUUUUUGGUUUACUUGGCGGAGUACACGAUCAAUUCGGGAGUCGCGCCGACGCUGCUGUACAAGGUGCCGACGAAGGAAGACGCGCCAGUCCUUGCGCUUGUCAUCAAGUCACUACGAGAUUACUACCCGCUCUGGCAACUCCUGUACCAGACCUUCGUCUUCAUCUCGCGCUCCUCGAUCUCGAUUCUGCACAUCCCCCCGCUCCCACUCCGCCUCCUCCCGCUUCCGACAGCGCUCCAGCUCGUCAUCCUCUUCCUCACGACCCUCGAAGCAUCCACCUCGUUCCUCGUCGCCCUCCUCGGCGAACACGGCGCGACUUGGAUCGUCGCGGGACUGAUCUGCUGCGAGGGCCUGUGUGGCGGCGCGGCAUACGUCAAUGCGUUUCAUCGGUUGGCGACGGAGGAAGGGCAGGACGAGGACGAAGACGAGGAGGAAGAGGGGUUCUUGGGCAAGGACAGGCUGAGGGUGGAGCAGGAGAAGGAGUUUCGCAUCAGUGCUGUCGGAUUCGCGGACACUGGCGGAAUCCUGGCCGCGAGUCUGGUCGCCAGCUUCGUCGAACCCCGUCUCUGCGCGUCGCAGGUCGCGCGUGGACGGCUGUACUGCCGCCAGUUGGACUAG